CUUCUUGGUGCUUGCCAUUUCCACCCCCUUAGGGGCCUGACUGGAGGCGAACGCUCCUCAGGCCGCGGCUUCCCGAAGGAGCCUCGGAAUCCCGGCUCGGGCUGGGCGGGUGGGCGGGAAGCCUGGCCGCGCCCCUGCGACCAGGUCAGAUUUAGCUGCAGGCAUUAUGACUCCAUAGGAACGGACAAUUCUUUGCGUCUCCAGAGAGAUUAUGUACUUCUUCUAUAACUAAGAUUUCAGUGACCAAUGAAAAGAGAAAAUGAAAGGCAUUCAGAAAAGUCCUACGGAAGAAUCGCUGUACCUGGAGUACUCUCACCAAGCAGAAGGGAGCAUCUUCCCUCUCCACACUUCUGUAGCUCUGUUUUUAUUAUCCUACUGUGACUGCAAGGUCUUUAACGUUUACUUAGUCUUUUCUGAGGAAAACACAGACACUUCACUCCUAAGAGAGGCGCUGUCCCAGGAUGUGGACGUACAGUUUAUUUCAAGACAGGCGCUCCCACCGAUAGUCCAGAAUUGCUGUUUGCCUGCGGUGGUAGAGCAGCCAGAUGUUUUCUGUAGAGCAGGACUUGCCGUUGUCCUGAGACACAUAAUCCAGAAAUGCUAUGAAGCUGAGCCAUCAAGAAAGGAGAUUUUGGGACUUCUGGGUUUUAAAAAGACUUGUUUGAAAGCAUGUGCUGAAGUCAGUCAGUGGACCCGGCUAUGUGAGCUCACCAUCCCUUUGGCUGUUGAGAAUUUUCUCCAAGGGACUUUUGAUCAGCCCCCAGCUAUCCCUGAAGAAAUCCUACAGCUCGAGAGAAAGCUCAGCGAGCCUGUCAGAGUCCACAACGAUGACAAACUCCGCAGGCAGAAGCUGAAGCAACAGAAGACUGCUGGGGUUGAGCCUUCCUCUGGCAAGGGAAAAGCAAAGGGCAAGGCGGGUGCACAGCAACCACCCAAAGAGCUGGCUGGCUCAUCCAAGAGUCUGGAGCUGAAGGUGGCAUUCUCAAAGCUCACAGUGAAAGAUGCAGCUGCUGCCAACAGGGAGCCUUCUCACAUCAGGAAGGCGAAAGCCUCUGACCUUCCGCCUCUGGAGCACGUGUUUGCAGAAGGGCUGUACUUCACUCUGGCGGACAUUGUGCUCUUACCCAGUGUUCAUCACUUUUUGAUAGUUAUCUGCAAGAAAUUUUCUGAGAAGCUAGAACAGUUUCCACUGCUAACCUCUUGGUAUCAGAGGAUUCAGGAAGUGCCAAAAGUAAAACCAGCAGCUUCUAAGUGUGGGAUCCACUUUCUGAACUUGCCAGAAUUGCUGAAUUCUGAAAGUAAAGCACACAUGAACUCUGAUGAAGUGACAGCUGCAGAGGAACAAAAUGGCCCCUUAUUUACCGGAGGACCAAGACCAACCAUGACCAAGUUAAUGGAGACAGGAAUUGAAGCGAUAUUUUCUCCACACCCUUGUCCUUCUUGGACCCUUGACUGGAACAGCCUUCCUGCUGCUGUCAGCCCAAAGGAAGGCAAAAUGUCCACUGACCGAGCUUUGCGGAAGCAGCAGCAGUUAAACAACCUUGUUUAUGUGGUGCUAAAUCAAGCCAAACCUGGUGACAGAAUUGUGGAUUUCUGCAGUGGCGGGGGCCAUGUUGGAAUCGUGCUUGCGCACAUGCUGCCUUCUUGCCAGGUUACAUUAAUAGAAAAUAAGGAAUUAUCAUUAAUCCGUGCCAAGAAGAGAAGUGAUGAACUAGGUUUAAGCAAUAUUUGGUUCAUUCAAGCAAAUAUGGAGUAUUUUACAGGAAUGUUUAACAUUGGGGUCGCGCUGCAUGCUUGUGGAGUGGCAACAGACAUGGUGAUCCAGCACUGCAUCCAAAUACGGGCUUCUUUCAUCACGUGCCCUUGCUGCUACGGCUUCAUUCAGAACACGUCCAAGUUCAGCUUCCCAAAAAGUGAAAAAUUCAAAAGAACAUUGUCAUACAAGGAACACAUGAUUCUCUGCAGAUUUGCAGAUCAGACAGCUGUGCAGCUUCCACCCCAGAGAAGACUCAUAGGGAAACAGUGCAUGUGCCUGGUGGAUAUGGACCGCGCAACCGCAGCAGAAGAACAGGGCUACUCUGUUCAAGUGAUAUCUAUGGAGCCAGAGAGCUGCUCUCCCAAAAAUAACAUGAUCGUGGGUGUUCCCAUAUAGAAUGAGGCACUCACUCUAGUGAAAGCCUGGGGCAUUCAGGGAGUUCUUGUUGUCUUCCUGAAAGCAGUGCUGAGCAUCUCGAACCUGUCCAGAGUUACAGGGAAUCUCGGAAGAGGAACUUUAAUUGUGUAUAGAAGGAAGGAUGACUGGCUUCCUAGAGGGAAUCCCCUGAAGCCUCAGCUGCCAAAAACAUUCUCACUAGCCAAGUUUCCAUCGGCAGAACCAUUUCCUCACACGUUUUCUUGAUUGUGUCAGUGGGUUAUUCAAACCAAGUUAUGUCCUCAAAGAUUUCAUUUCAUAAUCUUGAGAUAUUCACACAUGGUGAUCAAAACUAAACUCAAAGGUGGUUGUGGUUUUUAUAGUUUUAAAAAACAAUGUACCUUUUC